GAAACAUUCAAACGUUGCAGAUAAAGCUGAGGUCCCUCUGGAUGAGCUCACCCCAGGAACCAGUUUUCAGCCUGGGAAGAUGCCAAAUAGUGGAGUUGUUGAGGCACGCGGCAUGUUAAAAGCAAACUGGACACACGGAUUUCCUUUUCAGCACGGCUGUACCAAUGUACCCCACAUAGGUGACCUACAGCCUGGCUUCCUCACAAGGCUUCAUCGCACUAAAAAUGUCCUUUCUGGAGGAGAACACGGGUGUGGAGAUGGACUCUGCAGGCCAGGAGAGAGCUGAGUCCCAGUGGAGCUCAGAAGAUCCAACCAGAGGCUACCUGGAACCAAGCCCAAGCAUCACCUCCCUCAGCUCUGCAAAUGCAGAUCUAAAAGUUGUCACCAAAGUCCCAGAGAAGUUCAACAUCUACGACCAGGACCACAAAGUGUUGAUGCUGGACUACGGGACCCUCAAGGCUGUGCCAGACAAGACCUGCAUAUUCCCAGAGACCUUCUUUGUCUUGGCCUCUCGCUUGUGCUCAGCCUGUGAGAAGGAAAAUCCGAUUCUCUUGGCGGUCUCUAAUGGAGAGCUUUGUCUCUGCUGUGAAAAGGACAAGACGAAAGAUCACCCCUCCCUUCAGCUGAAGAUGCAGAAUUUGGAACUCGUAGCUGCCCAGCAGGAAGCAGAGCAACUGCCCUUCACCUUCUACAGGGAGCCGGUGGGCUCCCGCAACAUACUGGAGUCAGCUGCUCACACUGGUUGGUUCCUUGGCACGUCCUUCAACCCUGGGGAACCUGUGGAGAUGACGGAUAGUCUUGGGGGCAACAAAUGCACCCAGUUUUCAUUUGAGCACGUUUGUGAAGCUGCAGUGAGCCCAAGCAAGGCUAGUGGGUAGGAGGCCUUCCCUCUUUCUGUGAUGAAAUAAAG